AUCCAAGUAGAAUGGACUUUUACAACUAUCAUCUUAAUACAGAUUGGAAUAUGGAUAAUGAUUUAUAUUGGGGUUGUGAUGUAGAAAAAUGUGAAUAUUGGGAUCUUGAUGUUGAAUUUCUCACUAGCACGAAAGCACUAGAAUACGGAGGGACAGAAGUAUGUAAUGAAUGCUGGGAUAUAGAUGAUCAAAAGUGGAUUCGUGUAGGAAUUCAGAGCGUAGCAUUAAAAACAAUAAAUAAUCCAAUAGAUCCAAUCUCAGAUCUUUUGAAUGAAAUCGAAUCAAAUAUUCAAGUAGUUGAUGACCCACAUUUUAUUAGAUGUUUAGCUUUUGAUAAAUUUAUUUUACCAACAUCAACAUUACCUUCUUACAAAUUACAUUCGGAGGCAAUUUAUACAAGUAGACUUUUUAAUACCACAAGUUCAAAACCAGUAAAUGCAUCAAAUUCUACGAAAAUAUUCAGUGAGACAACUAAAUCAACUCUUAAAUCUCUUUGUGAAGUUUCAAAAUCCAUUGGAUUUAGUAAAUUACUUAGUAAUUUUGAUUACUGA